AUGAAUUUGAUAAUGCCUAGUACUGUGAUAAAAAAGGGUGUUUGCCAGCUGCUGGCGUUGAAUAAGUUCAGCAUACAACAAUGGCUGAAGACCUUUGACUCGAUCAUCUUCGAUGCGGAUGGUGUACUCUGGCAUCGGGACGAAGUAGUUCCAGGAGCUCCAGAGACCUUCAAUGCGCUACGUGCAAUGGGCAAGAAAGUUUUUAUCUGCACAAAUCAUUCAGGCUCAUCGUGUCAUGGUUUGUGCAACAAAGCACAAAAGAUGGGAUUUCUCAUAAAUACAAAUGAGAUAAUGUCAUCUGGCAUGGCAUUGGCAAAGUAUCUGAAGGAUCGCAAGUUCAAGCGAAAGGUCUUUAUUGUGGGAGAGCAGGGUAUUGCGGAUGAACUAAAGGCCGUGGGCAUUGAAUCGUUGCCAUUUGGCGAGGAACCCUUGCUGGGUUCCACCUUGCGAGAUCAUCUCCAGCUCAUGAAGCUGGAUAAGGAUGUGGGAGCCGUGGCGGUUGGCGUCGACAGCGGUUUCAAUAUGCUAAAAAUGUCCAAGGCUUGUUGUUACUUAAGUGAUCACCGUGUACUCUUUCUGGCCACCAAUCGAGAUCGCUCCUUUCCCGUUGUCCCUGGUCGCGCUACACCUGGCGCUGGUGUCAUGGUUGCUGCCAUCCAGGCGGCAACAAAGCGCAAGCCUUUCACUUGUGGCAAGCCCAACGGGUUUAUUUGCUUGCACCUCAUUCGUGAGGGAAUUAUUAAGCCGGAACGCACUCUCAUGGUGGGAGAUACCAUGUACACUGACAUCCAGUUUGGCUAUAACUGCGGCUUUCAAACCCUCCUUGUGGGCACAGGCGUCAGCAGUCUGGAGGAUGUGGCCAAGGUGCAGAAAUCCCGCCAACCGAAUAUGUAUCAGCAAGUGCCAGAUCUCUAUGUGCCCAAGUUGGCCGAUUUGCUCAAGUUUUUACCAUCCAGAAAUGGUUAAUAAAAUUAGAUGCAUUUAUUCUGCGUAGUUAGAAAAAGAAAUAAGAGAUGCCGAUGAUUAAAAAGCUUGCUGAAAUGUUAAUAUUAAUGAAAUAAAUAA